AUGGCGCAAACGAGCUCUCAACUCCCUCUCGACAGCGACGGCAUCUGCAUGCUCUGUAAAGAGAAGCCUUCCGAGGAGUCCACUCUUUGCUGCGCCACGUGCGCCACGCCUUGGCACGUGUCCUGCCUCUCUCAGAUUAAAACUUCCGCCCUAGGGUUUGAGUGCCCUGACUGUUCCGGCGACGCCCUCACCGGAGCUCCCGCGCCUGCAGAUGUUGAUAGCAAGGAUCUCUUUGCUAAGAUCCGUGAGAUCGAGGCUGAUGAUUCCUUGUCGGAGGCCGAAAAGGCUAGGAAAAGGCAGCAAUUGCUGUGCGGGAACACCGAAACCGAUGCUGGAGAAAUUUCGGAGGAAAAAGAGGACAAAUCGUGUGAUAUUCUGGCUGUGAUGGGCGAGACUUUGAAGUGUGCUUACUGCAUGGAGCUUCCGGAGAGGCCUGUUACGACGCCAUGUGGGCACAAUUUUUGCUUGAAAUGCUUUGAGAAGUGGAUCAAGCAGGGAAAGCGUACCUGUGUAAAGUGUCGUAGCAUCUUGCCUGACAAAAUGGCCAGCAGGCCGCACAUCAACUCUGCACUUGUGGCUGCUAUGAGAAUGGCGAAGCUGAUGAGAACAAUCACCUCUGGUUCUGUUGCCCCCCAAACUGUUUAUUGCUAUGUACAUGACCAAGACCGUCCUGAUGCGGCAUUCACUACUGAAAGGGCGCAGAGAGCUGGAAUGGCCAAUGCUGCAAGUGGGAGGAUUUUUGUGACUCUUCCGAAAGACCACUUUGGACCUAUUCCGGCAGAAAAUGAUCCUGAGAGGAAUCUUGGGGUUUUAGUUGGGGAAACGUGGAAAAUGCGUAUGGAAGUCAGGCAGUGGGGUGUGCACUAUCCUCCUAUAGCUGGCAUUAGUGGGAAGGCACAUUAUGGCUCACAAUCAGUUGUCAUUUCCGGAGGCUAUGAGGACGAUGAAGACCAUGGUGAAUGGUUUAUCUACACUGGAAGACGCACGAACAAGGAGCAUUCAUUUGAUCAGGAGUUUACAGACAGCAAUCAGGCUUUGAGAGUUAGUUGCUUGAAAGGUUAUCCGGUUCGUGUUAUCAGAUCAGAAAAGGACAAGCGUUCUCCUUAUGCCCCGGAGAAAGGUUACCGGUACGAUGGGGUUUAUAGAGUAGAAAAGUGUUGGAGAAAAGCAGGAAUACAAAAGUUCCUUGUUUGUAGAUAUCUAUUCGUAAGAUGUGAUAAUGAGCCUGCUCCAUGGACAAGCGAUGAUCAUGGUGAUCGCCCUCGGAGUAUGCCAGUCAUUGCGGAGCUUGAAGAGGUUCUCGAUGUUUAUGAAAGGAAAGAUAGUCCUUCAUGGGAUUAUGACGCGGUAGAAUGUUGCUGGAAAUGGAUCAAACCACCACCUCGUAGUGAAGAAAAGGUGGUCGAUGUAAAUCCCGAAGACAGAGCGAAGGCAAAAUUGGUCAUUAGGAAAGCUCAAACAAUUUCAAUGAGUGAAAAGCUUCUACAAGGCCAAUCAUUUGCACAAGAGAGGGUAUGCCAGAAUGGGCGAAGGCUUCGCUCGAAGAAAAAUGUACUAACUUGCCCUGCAUGCCCAACUGAUAUUACUGAGUUCCUUCGCAGUCCUCAGGUAAACCGGGAAAUCAUGGAGGUUAUAGAGAAACUGCAGUCUGGAAUUGAUACAUAUGCAAACGGUGAUGCCAAGGGCUCGGAGGAAAAUAGUACUGGGAAUGGGAAGGACGACACAGUCGACCCAUCAAAUGAAGAAGCAGAAAGCCAGCAUGAAAAUCGGCUUAAGAGAAAGAGUAGUUCUCCUAGCCUCUCAGAUGAAGAGGUGAACACUGACAUUUCCAAGAGAAGCAAAGUGGAUGUUGGUGAUGAAGAAGUGAAUACUGUCAAGGCAGAAUCCGAAAAUUGA